CUAGUCUCACGGGAUUCAAAGACUUUCUGUUGGACGCAGCGCAUUCAGAGCGCACGCCGGCUCUUUCGUAGCGGUCUGUUAAAGUUUCUCUAACAAAACGCGGAAUAUUUCUUGGAGGUAAAAAUGACCUGAGAGACGCAGUUCACCCACCAGCUCUGGUGAAGGCGGCGAGUGGGAGGCUUAACGCCAGCGCCGUGCGUAACACUGAGGGAGCAGGUGGAUGGAGAGGCUCGGGAUGCAGAUUUCCAGCAGGUCAGCGCCGUUUCGGAGCGGCAGGACUCCAUAUUCUGUGCUGAAGGACACAUUGCCACGAUGGACCUGAUAUGAAGAAGUUUUCAGUUUCAAAAUCUAUUUUGUUCUUUUGCCAUCUCUCUACAGCUGGGAUGUGAUACUUGUGGUUCCACGUACAUAAUAAUCCCCAGUCAUCCCAAUCCUCAGAGUCCCAGACCCCUGGAUCCCCAAGUCUUAAAUGUCCAGUACCCCAAGCUUGUCUUAGAAUUUACCUCUAAAAUCCUUUUACCCUAAUUUUUACAAUGGUUUUUAGCAUGUAACCCUAACCCAAACCCUACUUAUAUCUACCAUAAUCCAAACUCCUGUAGGAUCAAACAUCUACACUUUACCAUGUGCUGUCUGUAGACACUUAGAACCCUUUGAUAUCCAAAAGCCCUCUUAGCAGUCAUGGCCUUGGAUCAGUGGCCUUUUCUCCCAACUUCACCCAACAUCACCAUCCCUGAGCCCCUCCUGUAUGACAGCUACAUCCAGGGUAACGAGUCCGACCUGGAUCUAAACAUCACAAAGACUAGAGAGCCUCACCAGGACAAGACCAGCUCAGUGGUCAUCACCUUCAUCUACUUCAUGGUGUGCGCUGUGGGGCUAUGUGGCAACACUCUGGUCAUCUACGUGAUCCUACGUUACGCCAAAAUGAAGACGGUGACCAACAUCUAUAUCCUCAACCUGGCGGUGGCAGAUGUUCUGUGCAUGAUGAGCCUGCCGUUCAUUGCGCUGCAGUUAACACUGGUGCACUGGCCCUUCGGAGAGGCUCUGUGCAGGGUGAUCAUGACUGUAGACUCUCUCAAUCAGUUCACCAGCAUCUUCUGUCUCAUGGUGAUGAGCAUCGAUCGAUACCUGGCUGUGGUCCACCCUAUUAGGUCUACAAAAUGGCGGAAGCCUCGUGUAGCCAAGCUAAUUAACCUGACAGUGUGGGUUGUGUCGCUGUUAGUCAACCUACCAACUAUGAUCUUCAGCGGCCUAGACAAGGUGCCAGUGUGUGGGAUUGUGUGGCCGGAGCCCCAGGAUGUCUAUUACACAGCUUUCAUUAUCUACACAUUCUUCAUUGGAUUCUUCAUGCCGCUGACAGUCAUAUGCAUGUGUUACCUGCUCAUAAUAGUGAAGGUGAAGUCAUCAGGCAUGCGUGUGGGUUCAACCAAGCGCAAGCGCUCCGAGCGUAAGGUAACACGGAUGGUGUCCAUUGUGGUGGCAGUGUUUGUCCUCUGCUGGCUCCCUUUCUACAUUUUCAACGUCACUUCCGUCACCAGCUCCAUCAACCCCACCUCCGCUGUGAAGAGCACCUUUGAUUUUGUGGUGGUGCUCGGCUACGCCAACAGCUGCGCUAACCCCAUUCUGUACGCCUUCCUGUCGGACAACUUCAAGAAGAGCUUUCAGAAUGUUCUGUGCCUGAAAAAGGUGGCGGGGCUGGACGAAAUUGAGCGCAGUGACAGCAGGGCUGACAGGAGCAGGAUGGCUAACGAUGCUAUAAUCAUUAACGCCAAUUUGGACACACACAAUUCUGCCCUGCUCAAUGGUGAGCUGCAGACCAGCAUAUAAAGGAGUGGCAGAAGAAUGGUGGUCACAUUCAAGGAGGCCAGAGAGACUUAUGAGUGCUUGGGGCUUCCAGAUUGGCUGCCAGUGUACUGCCAGUGACCCCUACUGAAAGAUGCAGAGGCCGGACAAUGAUGUAAUAGCUGCUGCUCAUGGACACUGACACAUGAACAAAGUCUAAGUGAAAUAUAAACAAUUUCAUAAGGGUUUUCAGAGGUCAGGGAAAGUACAUUGACUCCAGCUCAGAACUCUUGAUAUUUGGGUUAAUGAGGAUACUUGAGCUGCUUAGCCCUGAGGCAGAGCAAAAUGCAUCUUUCCUCUACUGAUCUUAAGCACUAAAGAGGCAAGUAAUAUUGAAAUCAAACAAAUAGUAUUUCUGUUCAUGCACCCUAUCAUAAAGCUUCUAUUGAGUUGUCAGAACUCGUCCUGACUCAACCAAAAUCGAAAUUUAAUGCAAUCGUACCAGUUGCUGGAUUGGAGGAGGGACUUCAAUGGAUCCUCUUGAGAAAUAGCUUGCCUUUGUGAAAGCUUAGAAGGCCAAACAUUUAGUGGAAAACAGCCAGCACAUUGGUUCUCUAGAGAAAUAAAACAGAAACCACAACACAAAGAUGAAUAGUUUCAUGGUCAUGUUUUAUUCAUACCAGCUGAUUAGUCUGGGUUUACAUGAUCAACAGAGCCACAAAAUGGCAAACCUCUCCAAACACGGCAUCUUAUUUACCGACAGUGAAGGAUGCUCUUUUCCCUUUCUGGCUGGCGUCUCCGCAGGAGAAGCGGUAUUGAUCUGUAAACUCUUGAAUUUAACAUCCUGGAUUAUUGAUUAAACGGAAGGAUGGGAAAACAUCUUGGCAGCCACUGUGACCUUGCUUGCUUCAGAACAGCUAAACUUUGUAUAUAGGAAAUGGUUUUCUGUCUGCCUCUAGGGGAAGAGUUCAACACGUGGACCAACCAAAAGGAAUUUCAAAGGCAAUCAUUGCUAUAAAAUUCUGUCUUGUUGUGGUAUGCAUUGAGGACAGCUUCUAAACCAUGUUUGUGAAACACAUACUUCAUACUUCACUGUGUCCUGGUACCAACAAUAAUUACUCCCUGUGCCAACUGUGCCAUUGUAAAGAGCCCAUUUCUACUUGUAAAGUGUUGUUUUUGACUAUGUGAGGUCUCCUCCUGGUUUCAUGUUGAAAUGUGGUCAGCGUCGUCAGCUUCACAUUUGGUUCAGUCAGCGUGUGUUUGCAAAAAUGCCUAAAUUUCACAGAAGGCAGCGAAAUGUGUCAUGUAGAGGGAGGGAGAGUGGGGAGUAAGGACAGAAAGAGAGAAGCUUGUGUAUGUAUUAUAUCUACAGGGAACAUAGAGACAAAGCUGGAAAGAUUGUAGUGGGCUGUAUGAAUACAGAAAAAGGAAGGCUAUAUAUGUCCAUGGCUGCAUUAAACUGUGCAGGAAAAAUGUUGUUGGGCCCCCUACCAGACUCUGUACUUUAUGUAUAUGCCAAGUAUGUACUUGACUAAUAAUACCCUGCCCAAGUCUUCUGUGUGCCAGUGGUAUACUAGCCAUCAGGCGUACCGGGACAAACCCCUGUGGGCUGCUGAAUCACUGAGCUGGUGGACUGUCAGGAAAUCCAUACAAUUUUUGACAGCCCUGUUUGUCCCUUUACCAUUCCUCUGUGUGUGCCUAUCAUUUGGGGUGUGUGUUCCAGGACUAGUCUCACUGAUAAAUCACAAGCCCCCCACCACCCCCCGCCCAAGUUCAGUCCCAGCAGAUAAGGCCAUGGCUGUGUGGCAGUUUGUUUGUGAUGACCUCAUUAAACACAGUUUUAUUUAAGAAACAUAGGCGCAAACUGCAAUAAUCAGGGUACAGGCAAAUUGCAAGCAUUUGGAUGGUUGUUCAUUAUUCAGUUGACAAGAAACCAAACUCUUGAUUUUCUUUAAAAUAACUCAACAUGGCCAUCACUAUAUGCUGAUGUUGAGAAACAUAUAUAUAUAUAAAAAGCAAUUACAUAACUUAUGAACUUCAAUGAAGACAUGUUUCACAUGACUAUAUUUGUAUUGAAUUAUUGUUUCAUCAAGAUCAGGAAUUAACUAAUAUGUAAUGUCUAAUAUGUCUAAGGCCACCAAACUACUGAGCACAUCAGAUCAUCAUUGUGUAUGUGCACAACCAUGAAAAAUACCAAGGGACAUGCCUAGAAAGUCUUGACAGGAUGAAUUAUGAACAGAAUGAAGUUCUGUCUACCUCAGUUGAAUUUAUACUUUUUAUAGCAUUUUACACAUAUUGGAUUUUUGCGAUUUGCUAUGGGAGACCAGAAGAGUUUACAACAGAUGAGCAGAAACAGGCAGGUGCACACAGCUACAUAUAUAGAUUACAUACAUACGUACAUACCAAAUUAGCUAAAAAUGUAGAACCUGCAUUUGUUUAUAUUGCUAUUUAGUGGUGUACAUCCUUUAAGAAAUUGGCAGUUAAUAAAAUGCAACAAAAGUAGGACUUCUGGGGAUACCACCACUAGUACUAUAGCCCCAGUGCACUUCCUCUGGUUGAUAACUCAGCCUCAGCUAACUCACAGUUGCUGCUUUGGACAAGCGGCAAAACUAGAGAAAGUGCAAACCAACAAAUCUACUAGUUUCUAAAUUUAAUUGUACGGUCCAACAUAUACAAUUAUCAGUAAUGUCAUAAACAACAUAUGUUUCUGAACAUGUGCAUAGAACUCCAACUGUAUAUUUAGUGGCUUCUUUUGUGGUAACAGGAUGUCAAUAUGCCAGAUUAAUUGAUGAAACAAUCACUCAUAGGAAUCAUAGAGGUUCCCAUCUUUUAUUUUGGGUUUUUAUUUUGCUACGCCGGUGGAAUAGGCAAUGUUGUUCUAUAUGGCAGUAAACCACUUUGGUUUAGACAGGAAUAUCUCAACAACUCUUGAAUGGAUUGCCAUGAAAUGGUGGUAUCCAUGUUGCCAAGAGACUGAACAUGGUACCUUUGGUGAUCUUCUGAAGUUCUCUCUUACGCCACCAGUAGGACAUAUUUUUCAUGUACCCAGUGAAGUAUCUCAACAUCUACUGCAUGUUUUGAUUGAAGUUUUGAAAUUGAGCAUGGAGGAAUGUUCCACAUAGCACUAUAGUCAUGUCAGUUUGUUUACUUAUCCAAUACUUUGGUUCAUGACCAAACACCUGAAAAACAUCCCCAUCAGUCAUAUAAGUUUGCUAAUACACUACUAAGAAAGUGAACAAGGAUAACUUUAUGCCUGCUCACAUACAGCAGCUAGCAUGGCUGUAGACUAAGUCGUUGCUGUGACUUAUUUUUAUUGUGACAUAGUGAUGUCUUGCCUAAACUGAAACAGCUUCAACACAUAUGCUUAUGAAUUAACUUUCACAUCAUUUGACUUCAGUAACAGCUUUCACAAAUUAGCUUGGAAUUGAAUUAGCUGCCUAAAACGAUAGUUAACUGUUGAGUUAACUGGGGUCACUUACUAAGAUACAGCUUCCUAGAGUCAACUACCUGAAUUUGGAAACAAUGAUACCUUAUAAUUCAUUAUUGGCAACUGAAAAUGCCCACAUCAAUAGCAGAUAUCAAUUUCCACAUGAGCUACCAACUUAUUCGUCUUAAGUGACUCCUCUAAUAGACCCCUAUGAUGGAACCACACUUGGUUGCCAGGCGAUUCUUUUUCAAACAACUGCAAAGGCUCCAUAGAAGUAAUAGGGUCGCCCACCAUAUGCUGCAGUGUCAGAUUCACUUCAUCCAAGUGUAUUGGUCAAGUCAUAAGCCAUCAAUCAGAGCAAUCAAGAGAUGACAAGUCAGACAUGGCUUGUCCUGAGAGGUUACUACAGAAAAUAAUUAUAUGGCCACACACACACACACACACACACACACACAUACACACACACACACACACUCAGCACACAGAUAACUGUCUCCCAGUUGGCAGUGGGCCACAGCUCUGUAAUUUGUCAUGGCUAUCUCUCUGAGCUGUCAGGGCUCGUAGUAGUAUUUCUAAAAGGUUAGAUCCCAGCUACACUCACAGGUCAAAGUAGGAACACACAUACUCACACAUAUUUCAUCAGGAGGUUAUAAUAACCCAGAGAACCGUGUGUACAUGUGUAGAAAUACUAUGUGACACAAUCCAAGUCCAAAAGCUGUAUAUGAGUGGUAUCCAUGUUAAUUUAAAUCAUAACCAGAAACAUUUUGUUGUUAUAUGUAUAAAAUGUUUGAAUGACCCUGUAACAUGCAUUACCUUCCUGUAUGUAUCAGUAAUAUUUUUGUACUUGUGAAUACUUUGUGCUCUAUCAAAUGUUUGUGUGUGUCACAGUGAGAAACUCAUUUCGACCUCCCCAACACAGUUAAGGUAUUUAGCGCUGUCAAGCCUGAACUGCAAGACCUAUUCUCUCAUCAUCCACAGUUAAUUACUGUUGCUCUCUCUCUCUCUCUCUCUCUCUCUCUCUGUGUGUUUGCAUCUUUUCCUCCCUCUCUUUCUUUUGUGUGCACAGCCUGUUACGAAUAAUAUCAGCUGACACACAUUUUGAACACACUCAAACUGAGCUGGACUGAAAUGAACUGAACCAUGCCGAAGAAAAUGGCCUACACUAUUCCUGUCUGUUGGCUGAUUGGACAUACUUAAUGGACUUGUACUAAAUGGACCAUUCGGAUGUUUAGUAGGUGUUUAUAUGACAGUUUGUGCCAAAACCAGUGUCAAUGUAGCGCUAAAGGAACAGCUGAGGCAAUGAGACUGUGCCUAGUCGCCCAUUGCUACUUCUAUUUUGUAUAAAACCAAAAUAUCUCUCUGACUUGAGGCUAUAUUCUGAAAAGGUUGUGCUCAUUUGGGUUGACAUGGAGAUUGGCAGUUCAGCACCAAAUGUGAAAAGAGCAUUUGCCUGGAUUUCUGGCUGGUUCCUGCCACUGUAUAGUGUACAGACGAGAGGCAGAAGCAGGGGGGAAAAAACCUCUGCCUUCUUGCACUCUGUUUUUUUUCCGAAACAGAAGUUCAUUUGCGAAGGGCUAGAACGUGCACUCCUGAGGAUGUACCGUUCAAUAUUAACUUUAUGUAUAUGUGGUAUCCUGUGCUUAUAUUUGCAUGGGAAGGAUUGCAUACUGUAUAUCCCACCUCCUAUGUCACCUCACUAACCAAAACCAGUGUUAAAAGUCACACACGUACUAAGUGCCACCUUUUUUCAGUAGAUACAUCUUUGGAAAAAGGGUGCACGGUUGUAUUUUAAUCUGGGAUCAUCUUUAGCAACAACAGAUACAACUUUGAAACUUUUGAAGCUAUGACCAGUAGCUAAUAUGAGUCAAUCUGUUGGCAAAGAAAAAAGAAACGUGGGUUUUCCACAUUAUACGUCUAAUUCAGAUCGAGCCAAUUCAUAGGUGAGUUGAUGAUGACUUACAUGUGUGUUUCUGACAGUGUACAGCCAUGGUAAUGUAAUUUUUCUGUGCAGUUAUUUUUAUCAAUGUGCCUUGGACCUCAACAUGAACUCAUGCAAUGACAUCAGUGUACAGCAAAACAACAUUAUAACUUGUUUUCCCCAUAAGCCAAACAACCAAAGGCCUUUGUACUGCAUAGACAUGUUGGUAACCAAAACAUAACAGAGACCUGCUGUAUAUCAUUUUUAGUACUACUCCCCCAGCGUACAUAGCUUAUGUUUGUGUGAUAUAAUGCCAGAAGCAGAUGUUUAUUUGUGACUCUUUAUUGUUGCAUAGAAUAUAAUGUGAUCAUUGAUUGUAAUGGACGGGCCAAUGUCCUUGUCUCUGCGAUUAAAUUGCAGGCCUGUUUCUGCUCCCAUGGUCAA